AUGAGGAAUCAUACUGUGGUGACUGAGUUUUUCCUUAUUGCAUUCACUGAGCGUCCCCAGUGGAGGUUUCCACUCUUCCUGGUAUUUUUGAGUUUCUAUCUUGCCACUCUGCUGGGGAAUGCAGGAAUGGUCAUCCUGAUCUACAAAGAUCGCCGGCUUCACACCCCGAUGUACUUCUUCCUCAGCCACCUGUCCUUCGUAGAUAUCUGCUAUUCCUCUGUCAUCGUCCCUCAGAUGCUGGCCAUGCUGUGGAAACAUGGAACAGUCAUCUCACAAGCUCGCCAUGCAGCUCAGUUCUUUCUGUUCACCUUCUUUGCGUCCAUUGACUGCUACCUCCUGGCCCUCAUGGCCUACGACCGCUACGUGGCCAUGUGCCAACCCCUGCUUUAUGUCACCAUCAUGACCGAGAAGGCCCGCCUGGGCUUAGUAUCUGGGGUUUAUGUUGCUGGUUUUUCCAGUGCCUUUGUUCAAACAGUCACAGCCUUCAGUCUCUCCUUUUGUGGAAACAAUGAGAUCAACUUCAUUUUCUGUNUUGAAAUGACUCGAACUUAUCCUGAAGGGUCCCUCCCCUGA